AUGAAGCCGAAUAAUGAGAAGCCAGACGAGUUCGAGUCCGGCAUCUCCCAGGCUCUUCUGGAGCUGGAGAUGAACUCGGACCUCAAGGCUCAGCUCAGGGAGCUGAAUAUUACGGCAGCCAAGGAAAUUGAAGUUGGUGGUGGCCGGAAAGCUAUCAUAAUCUUUGUUCCUGUUCCUCAACUAAAAUCUUUCCAGAAAAUCCAAGUCCGGCUAGUAUGCGAAUUGGAGAAAAGGUUCAGUGGGAAGCAUGUUGUCUUUGUCGCUCAGAGAAUUCUGCCUAAGCUAACUUGA